CAUCAACAAACAAGAGACACCUGGCGAGUCACGUGAUCAGAAGGCGCUGCCUGUUUUUCUCCUUUAAAAGUUGCUUCUUGACAGUUCAGAUAUCAUUGGAAUCGUGGGUUUCUUUGGUUUUCGGCGAACUUUCUCGUGUUUUAUUCAUUUGCAUGUGGUCGAUUUUGGCGUCAGGAACACGCAGGAAGCGGCAGAUCCACGGCGGAAGCCACAGGAACGUUUCUCGACAAAUUCGCUCCUGUUCUUCGCGUGGAUCAGUUCAGUGGGACAUGUGAUCAUCACCUAGAGGAAAAGCAAUAAAAUAGGCAAAAGCUCAACUUCGGCACAGCAACAACUUUAGAGGUCCACAUUGAUAGUUAGCUCUGACACUUGGAGGGAUGUCUCGCAAGAAGGGACUCAGAGGCAAAACCGCAAGCAGCAGCAGCCCGUCCAAGGACAGCCCUGCCGGUAAAAGCACCGGGAAAACGGUGAGGGGCAGCCCGGGCAUCGUUCAGAUGAACGGUGUGGUGCACCCCAGCAGACCACCCAUCAGCAACAGCAGCGAGUUCUAUGACAUCUCUUUCAAGGUAAUGCUAGUUGGAGACUCUGGAGUGGGAAAAACUUGUCUGCUGGUCCGCUUCAAAGAUGGAGCAUUCCUGGCUGGAAGCUUUAUUUCCACCGUGGGAAUCGACUUUAGGAAUAAAGUUAUGAACAUUGAUGGCGUCAAGGUGAAGCUCCAGAUUUGGGACACAGCUGGACAGGAGCGCUUCCGCAGCGUCACUCAUGCCUACUAUCGUGAUGCACAUGCUCUGCUGUUGCUUUACGAUGUCACCAACAAAUCAUCUUUUGACAACAUACAGUCUUGGUUGACUGAGAUCCAUGAAUACGCUCAACAGGACGUGGUGCUGAUGCUGCUUGGAAACAAGGCUGACUCUGCUCAUGAUCGAGUGGUGAAGAGAGAGGACGGGGAGAGGCUUGCUAAGGAGUUUGGGGUCCCUUUCAUGGAGACCAGCGCCAGGUCAGGGCUGAAUGUGGAGCUGGCUUUCACAGCUGUUGCUAAGGAACUAAAGCACAGGUCUACAAAGGAUCCCAGCGAGAAGUUUAAGCUUCAGGAGUAUGUUAGCAAAGAGGUGAAGGUUGCAGGCUGCUGCAGAUCCUAAAUAAUUGUGUGAGUGUGUGUGUAAAUCUUGUAUCCCUCACAUGGACAAAUCAGUUGUAAGGAGUCAGCUCCAGCGAGGUCUUUUUUUUUUUUUUUUUUUACAAAUUCUCAUCUAGCAUCCCUUCAAUGUAUCUUGGUAAUAUAAUUUAUCAAUAAGUUUAAAUUAAUCAAAUCUCUUAUUCUGAUCUUUUUUUUUUCAUUCAAAACUGUGGAUCUAAAAUCUGAUUGUUGGACCAACCAAGUAAUGCAUUGCUGUGUGUUUUCUGUGCAUUUUAAAGGGAUUAAAAUAAACUAUUUUGCUGAGGACAUACGCAUGUCUUAAAAAAGCAUCAACUUUCCCUGUAAAUACAUCAUCAGCAAUGUUUAGUCUAAUAAUGUAGAGGAUUUUGUCAUAAACUAGAUGUGGUGUAAUGUGUGUGUGUUUUUGCUUUUGUGAUUCAAAGUGCUAUUUAUUUAGAGUCCCUUCAGGUCACCAGCAAACAGUAUUUUUCAGGAGUCAUCUAUGGAUAUUUAAAAACACUAUUAUUUCUACAUACAGCCAAAUAAAUAAAUGUUGUUUUGGAUAAAAUAUUUGAUAGGUUACAGUUUAUUCUUGUUCAUGACUGUAGUAUUACAAGAAACAUACAUUAUCUAUGGGUUGGGGUAACUUGACCUGUUAAAUUGAAUGUAGAUUACCUUGUUGAAGUCAUAAAAAAGAAAUCGUGGUACAGCACAAUAUAUGUAUGUUUUGAAAAAUAUGAAGUGUAAAUACUUUUCUGCAUGGAAAAACAAGUUUCAGUAAAGAAAUUAAUGUGUUGGGAAUCCUAUGAUUAUAGUGGGAUUUAUCAAAUAUAUCUAACGUUAAAGUUGUAUCUUUGUGUAUGUACGGUAUUUCUUUCUACAGCUCUCAUUUCAGUUUUUUAUUCUUUAUGCCUCUCAAUUGUACAAUUUGUCUUGUAUCUAAAUGUUUACUAAUUAAAAAAAACCAUACAAACA